CCGGCGGCGGCGCCCCGGCCCGGGCGGGCGGGCGGCGGCAGCGGGGCCGGGGGAGCCUUCCCGCCGGGGAUGCGGCUCCCCGGGGGCCGCGCCGCACGCUCCCGCCCUCCGCCCGCCGUCGACCGGGCGCCGCGCGGAGCCUCCGCCUCCGCCUCCCCGCGGCGGUCUCCCCCGCGGCGGGGCCGCCGCCGCCGCCGCCCCGCAUGGCCAGAGCGAGCCGGCCGGGGCGCGCCGGCGAGGCCGCGCCGCAGCAGCCCACGGCCCCGGGGGCGCGGGGCGUCGGGCUGAGGGCGGGCGGGCGAGGCCGGCGGCCCCGGGGCGCCGCCGCCAGCCGGGCGGGGAGCCCCGCCGGGGGAUGACUCAGAGCCGCGGCCCCUGCAGCGAAGCCGCCGCCGCGCCGGGCUCCGCGCCGCGCCGCCCCAUGCCCGCGCCCCCCGCCGGGGGCCGCCCGCCGCCCGCCGCGCCCGCCGCGCCGCGCACCGGAUGAUGCCCCCGCGGGGGGCGGCGGGGUCCUGCCGCCGGCGGCGCCUGGCGCCCCUCAACGAGGACAACGGGCGGUUCCUGCUGCUGGCCGCCCUCAUCGCGGCGUACCUGAGCGCCGGCGCCACCGUCUUCUCGGCCCUCGAGAGCCCGUCGGAGGCGGCGGCGCAGCUCCGCUGGAACCGGACCCUCCACAACUUCAGCCGCAUCUUCAACAUCAGCCUGCCGGAGCUGCGCGCCUUCCUGCGGAGCUACGAGGCGGCCAUGGCCGCGGGCAUCCGCGUCGACGCCCUGCGGCCCCGCUGGGACUUCCCCGGCGCUUUCUACUUCGUGGGCACCGUUGUCUCCACCAUAGGUUUUGGGAUGACCACACCAGCAACCGUGGCUGGAAAAGUAUUCCUCAUCGUUUAUGGCCUUUUUGGGUGUGCCGGGACUAUCCUUUUCUUCAACCUCUUCUUGGAGCGCAUUAUCUCUCUCCUGGCGUUUAUCAUGAAGGCAUGCCAUGAGAGACAGCUGCGAAGAAGUGGUCUCCUACCUCCCAACUUCCGAAGGGGGCCAGCUAUGGCGGGGGUGGGCAGCCUCGUGGGGUGGAAGCCGUCCGUUUACCAUGUGAUGCUGAUUCUGGGAAUUUUUGCUAUUACCCUUUCCUGCUGCGCCUCUGCGAUGUACACAGCAGUGGAAGGAUGGAAUUACGUUGACUCCUUGUACUAUUGCUUUGUCACCUUCAGCACCAUCGGCUUUGGAGAUUUGGUAAGCAGCCAGAAUGCUGCGUACCAAAAUCAGGGAUUAUACAGAUUUGGAAACUUCAUAUUUAUAUUAAUGGGGGUAUGUUGCAUAUACUCUCUUUUUAAUGUCAUCUCAAUCGUAAUCAAGCAAGUUUUGAACUGGGUGUUGAAAAAAUUCGAAUGCAGAUGUUGCCCAAAGUGCCAUAAAUCAAGCGCCCGCCUUGGACGUCGCAACGCCAUCACCCCAGGAGCCCGCCUACGUCGACAUAACAUCUCUAUGGACGCUGAUGGACAGUACGACAGCGACACCGAGGGGAGGAGGCUCUCUGGAGAGAUGAUCUCCAUGAGGGAGCUCACGGCAUCGAAUAAAGUCUCCCUGGCCAUUUUGCAAAAGCAGUUGUCUGAGACAGCCAACGGCUACCCAAGGAACGUUUGUAUCAAUACAAGACAAAACGGUUUCUCCGCAGGGGUGGGUGCUCUAGCCAUCAUGAACAACCGCUUGGCAGAAACGAGUGAUUCUAGGUAGAGUUUUUGAAAUUCCUUUUGUUUCUUUAAUAAAAAUCAAAUGGUGAUUAGGGUGGAAUUAUCACUGUAAAAUACUGGAAAGUUUUAAAUUCAGAGACAGCCUCGGUAUUCACUGGGUGUUCAGCAUUUUAGUUUCUGGGGGUUUUAUAAGUCUUCUCUAAUAUGCAGUAACACCUUUACUGAAAUGUUACAAUUUUCCCCAAAGGGUUAUUUUUGGAAGAGACUUGGAUGUCUUUGGUGCAGAAUCUGAUGCAAUUAUAGAAGAAGGGUGUGCAUGAUUAUGAUGGUGUCAAAACCAACAUGUUCGUCUUCAGAACAUAGCCUGAACCCAAAUUCUGGGUUGAAAUGCAUAAAAUGGGCAAGUUUGGCUCCAGAUUCAAACUUGGGGGUGAUAAGGUUUGUUGAAGUCUGGAUCUGGCCCUGAACUUUGUACUCGAUGCUCUUCAGCAGUUCCUGGUAGCAGGCCUGUAUAUAACAUAGACAUAGGUGGCUGCAGUUACGCCAGCUUUAGGGUGACUGCUUCACUUGAAUAAUCCUACUGACUUCAGUGGUAGAAGAUCAAAUGGGUGGAAUUCCCCUGACUGUAAAUGUUGUUUUUUAGCCAGUCUUGUCUGAAACACUACCUGCUCCUAAGUCUUAACAAGUCAAGGGAUUAUCAAGAACCAUGUUAAAAAUGUGCAAAACUCUUCCUACCUGCUGAAUUACUGAAAACAUGCAAUUGUCAACUUUGGUACUGACUUCAUUUCAUGCAAGAGAAGCUAGUACGCACCUCUGGUGUCAAAUGUUUGUGUCACCACUGAAAUGCUUAUUUCAUUACUUUUACAUGAAAAUAAGCAGCUAAAAUGAAUGUAGGCUCUCUGUUGUCCUAAAUUUGCAUCUUCUGCAAUAUUGUUGCAGAGAUUCAUGCAAAUGAUUUCUUUGCAGAUCUUGGGGGGGCCCAAUCCUGUACUUGUUUCCCACGAAUCUGAUUGUGAUGGUUAUACAGAAGAGCAUUGCUUUGCAGCUCCCCCAGAAGCUGGCUUCCCCCAGAACAUUGGUACUAAGUCAUAAAUUGGCCUAAGGCUGUUGCUACUGUCUUAAGUCAUAUUUAACCUGUGCUAGCCCAAACCGCUGAAGAACCAGAAGCAUCUUCAAGCAAACCUGGUCUAAGUGUCUAGUUUAGCAUGACAAAUGGGUGCAUAGGAGUUACUGUAAACGUGCAAAGCGCUGGAUCAUUUCUCUAAAUUCUCUAUACUAUGCCACUCCUUUAAUGCUGUGAAGGUAAUAAAAAGGCUUCUGCUGAUUCCAGCAAGAAAUAAAACUUAAGCAUGAAGUCUGAGAAGCCACAAUGGUCAGCUCUUGAAAACAACUUGGGUAUAGGCAAGAUCAUGACUACUAUGUUGAUUGCUGAAUAAAUUGAAAAAGCUGAUGAAAACCAACUAGGAAUAUUAGAAAUGUUUGACAAUAUUUCCAUGAAGUUCCAUAUAGAUAUUUUACUUUGUUGGUUAUUUACUUUAUUUUGCAUGGGUUUGGGGUAUCCAUCAGUUUGCUCUCCUUUAAAUUUGUAGUAGUGUGAAACGUUUUGGAAUUUAACCUCAGAAAACUAACUUUUAGUUCGAGGUUUUGCACACUUGAACCUGCCAGCUGAAGUAUGGCAGGGAUUGUAUCUUUUGCCUGAAGGAGAAGGAACCAGAGCAGCAGAUAAACCAUCACACAUGGCUCUAUAUCAUACUAUAAACGUAGUCACAGAUUUAUCAAGAUGUGUUUGGCCAGAAACGCUCGAUGAUGUUUGUGUUCUGUAUCUACCUGAUACGGAGUCACGCUUAAGAUUACGUGGUGUGGCAGAGACUGCAUGCAAGAGGCAUUCAUCUGGCAGGAGCUUCCCUGGUGGCAGGGAGACCCACUAAGGUCCAUGUGUCCUUGUGCCUGUCUGUCUGUGCCCUCCAUCUCCGAUGCUAUGUUUGAGUGGCCCUUUGAAGAAGCAGGCAGAGGUCAAAGUGUUUGUUGAUCCUAAUUUGAAGCCCACUGAAGGAUAAAUUUAAGCAGGAUGUGUAAGGGCAGGUCAUGGUCUGGGAAAGACUCAAAGACCAACUGCAAAGACCCAGUUCAGGAAGGUGACUUCCAGACCUGCAGGGACCAUUUUUUGGAAACAGCAGAGGCAGGGAACCAAAAGAACAAAAAUUUGUUCUUUUCCCAGGGGUAAAUCUCUUUAACUAUGACAAUUUGUUUGUUUAUUAAGAAUGUGUAUGGGGCACUGCUCUUUUUUUGCAGGUAGACCUCUCUUAGGGUUGUGUCCUGGUACAUUUGCCAUCAUGGGGACUAUUGCUCAUUAGAACAGACCCUGCUGUGUGAAGUGCUGCAUAAAUCGAGGCAGACAGGCUCUGUCCCAAAGGUCUUAAGAACUUGAAUAGAUAGGAUGCCCGGCUACAGCAGAAUUACUUAGGUUUAUCACUUUACUCAUAAAAACAUGUUCAAAUGCAUUAACAUUCUGUGAGCUCAAGAACUAUAUUUUUAUGGUAACAAAUUUGCAAAUUAAGGGGGUUUAUUUUUUCAGUAAGUUGUUUUAAAGGAUAAAUAUUACAACUAUGAUUAGGGACCUGUUUAAAUCUUUGUAAAUUGUUUUCAAACUACCUAUUCCUGCCUGGGAAAUAUGAAGUAGUAUGAAAUUGCACAUACCUCCUCUGCUAUUUCUGUACUUUUUCUGAGUCCAGUCAAAGGCAGACACGCAGUCUGUUGUAAUAUGAUUUAAAUGUUUCUGAGUCUUUUCAGUACCAUUGGUCACAGUGGUGCCAUUGCAGGACCCUUUGCAGUUCCUAUUGACUUCAGUUGGAUUGGCUCCCAGAGCUGGGUUCCCCAAGGGAUUUGGGCAUCUGAUUGCUACUCUAUGCACUUGGGUCUAAUGUUUCUUUACUCCCAAGAGCCUUGCUAAACUCCAUUCUGCUACUCCUUAGCCUCAGAGACACAUAAAGUGCAUGCCCAGUUUUCUACCAGUGCUCCUAUUUCUUGCAGUGCACAUAUCCCCAGAAGCUUGACACAACGCAACCACAGGGCCCCCCAGCUCAUACCUAAGCGCCAUAAAAAAAUCCCAACCCCAUCUGGCUCAGCAAGGCCAGUUUACAAGAGGGUUCAGAGCACGAUUACUGAACUGGGUCUCACAAGGAGUGGCCUUGCAGUUCCCUCAAACUCAGCCAAAGUAUUUUUCAAGGAUGCAUGAGAACCAGGCUCCAAAUCUCUACUCUUCUGCCUGCUAGCACUACCCGUGUACCCAUCACCCGUGUGCAUGAGUACAUGAGAACGUAGGAGAUUUGAGAUCAGUCUUUCCUAGUCCUUCCUGCUCUUUCUUUAGCUUUUUUAAUGACAACUUCUCUUUAAACUCACCAGACUUGGGCACCUAACUCCUCUCUUUUAACUGUGCAUGGUCCAACUCAGGAUUCCCCAGGGCAGCCUGCUCCUUUUGUGAAUGAAAGCCUAAGCAGGAACCAGUUGCACCAAGUGCAAUUCCUCCUAGUAUUUGAUUUUCACAGACAAAGCAGAUACCUGCAAUGUCUGGACACAGGCGGAAGCACAACAAAUCAGAAGGGAACUGCAGGACCACAGUGGGACAGUGAAAGCACACUGCACUAGAUUGCACUUUUCAGGUAACUUGGGAGCUGUAUUACGUUCUUGAAAUGGGUUUUUUUUCCAGGUUUUAUUUUUGGACAGCCUUGAAAGAAUGCAAUUAACUUAUUAUUGAAAGGUUCAUCUUCCCUGAUACAACCCCCUCUGCACCAGCCCGCAAAACAGCCGCAGUGACUCCUAGCUGGCAACAGAGCCACAUGUCCCAGCUGCCUGCUGAGCAGCCGUACAGGCGGCACAGAUGGGAGCUACCCGGUGCCCCAAAUUGGUCUUUUGCUGUCUGAGCCUGAGAGGAGCGUUCAGGAGCAGCAGAAAGCUACAGGACUUAGGAUUUCUCUGUCCCUAGUGAGAGUAAUGAUCGCACAGGCAUGAUCUGCUAAGACCUCCAGCGCGAAGGGAGGAGGUACCGUGUUCACCUGGCCCGUGUGCUAAUACCUUGCAGAUGAGAAUUAAAAUUUCAGUGAUAAUUACUAAGGGACAAUGACUAAAUUCAAGCAAUCUCUUCUCUAUCCCCUGUAUCCCCUGGAGCUCAGGGCAGAACUGUUACAAGGACCAGUUUCUUUGUGAAACCUGUAGUGUUCGACAAGUAACUACAUGUACUUCUGGGAGUUUGUCUUUCCUAUAUGUGUUUCAGACAAAGUUUGGAGUCACACUGAAAUGUCAUCCGAUUGUCUUUCAUUUCUUCCCGUCUGCAAACACACUUCUAAUUUUAUGCAAACAAUUCAGAUCACUUUUUUACUUCCUUGCAUUGCAAAGGAUGUCCUUCAGACGAUAGAGACGUUCAGAGAAGUAAUCUCACUGACCUCAGUCACAGAUGGAAGUUUCUGAAGGACAACGCUGUAGUUUGCCUGUCUCCCUGCAGAGGAGGCAUUGCACAAGGAGCUCCCAUUACUGCUAGCAAGAUGUACAAAGGUACCUUAGGCAGCGGUUGGGGCCAUGCGGCAGUAGGCACGACUAAAAAUGGCAAGAAGUUCUGUUAUAAAGGGUAUUUGUACCUAUAUGACAUGUACAUGCUAAUUGAUAACCCAAUUGCCAGCUCUAAUUGCAGCAAAAAUACCUGGUGGAAGACAGGAGAGGUGUAAGAGUCAUGGUGAGCGCUCCAUGCCAUGCUUGGGUUACCCCGAGAGGCGCUGCGAUGCUGCCUGUCGGCGUAGCGCUGGCGUCCCAGCAGGGCUUCACCCUGGCCCUUGCUUUGUCUCCUCCCCAGCUUUCUGCCGGUGAAAACUUGGGCGUAUUACGAGCAUUCGCCUGUAUUUCAGUCCCGUCUUGACUUGUUGCUGAAAGGAGGACCUGAGCAGCAAUGGAGGCCAUAUCGCCAGGCAUGCGGGCUCAGUACAAACCUGAUUGCCUGUGUGGGAUGAAUUUCUAAUUGUAUGGAAAUUAGCUGUAGCCAUGAGACCAUUCUCACUUUUUUGUGCUUUUCUGACCUUUAACUUGAAAAAUACUCAGUGACUAAUUAUUACAAUGAAUGUUCAGAGCUAAUCUAAACAAAAUCAUACUUUACUGAUUGCUAGCACAUCUAUGGAUAUGGCUUCUGCUCUAAUUGGAUUACUAAUGUGCCUUUCCAAACCAACACACAGUUUCAAUGUUAUUUUAAAUAAUACAAUAAAUGUUAUGUUACAUAAUAAACUCAGUUAGGGCAUAUUAAUACUUGACUCACACAAAAUAACUAAUGAAGUGUGCAUUGCACUUUGUACAAUCAAUGUGCAAUUUCUUUUUUGCAAAGACUUACAUAUUUGAGCUCACAUUCUGCUUUCACGAAUACUAGGAAAACAGCAUUAUCAUAGAAUGAUAGAAUAGUUUGGGUUGGAAGGGACCUUUAAAGGUCAUCUAAUCACAUAGUGAGUGGAAAAUGCAUGAAGGUAUGGCCAAUUCCACUGAUAUUUGACUCGUAGGAUAUGCAUAUUAACGUAUGUACAGUAAGCAGUUCAUUAUGCAUUAUAAAAAUGUGUAGCAAUGGUACAGGGGAAGGACUACUUCAGUUUACAUGGCCACAGUCCAAAUGCAGCUACCAGUAAAGACACAUGCCUUUUUUCUCACUUUUUUUGUUUAUUAAAUGGGUAACAUCUGCCCUUUAAUUAGAAUAUACCUUUAAACCACAAGAAAAACCCCCCAAAAAAACCCCACAAAAAACCCCCACAAAAACCAAAAAACCCUGCCCACCACAAUUUCCCUAAACAUUGCUUAGCCAAAAAGAGGUCUAGGGUCAAACUCAAACUUUUGACCCUUGGGAACCAAAAUGGUGUAGUUUUGCUUUGAAGUGGGGCUGCAGUGUGUGCAGGCUCCCUAUUUACGGAGUUUAGUCCUUCCUUGGGAAAGAAAGAGGCUGUAAAUAUGGAUACAGUGUGCAGCAGCGUACCCAGUCUCUGUAGCACGAGAAAGAAAAUAGAGGCUUUAAUCAAGGUACGGUGAGUGUCCCCUUAUUGAGGAAUGACAAGUGUGGGGAAAUGGAGAGGCCCGGAGGUGUUUUCCAGCAAAUCCCGCAGAAAACCAAAGACUUGCCCUGCUCUCCAUACGCACGUGCGUUAUGCCCCGUCACAAAAGGGUGAGACGCCAUCACAGCCCCAGAGUAGCUCUCGUUGCAUCACAGGCUCAGCUACCUCGUCUGGAACAUGGAGAGGAGUGUUUUGUGAGGCACGGGGACCGCACGCUUGCGCUCACCACCUGCACUUCGUUCAGGAGGUGAACGUUGUCAAGGGCUGAUGCCGGGAAGACCAUCACCCAGCCUACUACUGGGGAAGCAGCCACGCUGAUGUCUUACCGUGAUGAAUGAUACGCUGGGUAUAUCGUAGGUGCAGGUUCCCACGCCGCCGGUCCCCCCGGUCCCUGGGCCGUGUCGUGCCCAGGUGUGUGCCAGCCAGCUCCCAAGCCUGGGCUCAGCACGAGGAAGCACCAGGCAUGAGGAUGUAGGUGGAUCUGAAAUGGGGUAACGUCAUCGUCCCAAGUGUUUUCAGGAUUAGGCCCUCCAGCAAGUGAUGCUUUAUCAGAUGUUCCCGUAAUCCCUUUGUACUUCGCAGACUGUAAGAUUAGUUUUUAAAGGCAGUGAGGCAAUGAAAAUUAAUGCUUUUCUAAUAAUCUACAAUAAACAACUUAAAGAAAAUUACUGAUAUUUCUGACAAUGUGCAAGUCAAACACCAAGUGUUUUCUCAGUUGCUAUCAUUUUCUAAUUUUUGUACAGCGAAUCAGUUUUAUUCCCUGCAAAUAAAAUAUGUCCAGAAAGUUUUCGCUUAUGAUAAUGUCCACGGGCUGUACAGGCAGUGCAGGAAUUCAGCUCCAAUUUUAUUGUAAAACCUCUGUAUCUGAAAGCACAACAUCUGAAAAAUAGUUGGGGGGGGUUGUGUGUUUAUGUGUAGACAUUGUUUAUUUACAAAAAUAAAAAAUGCCAUCCCGUCACACAUACAGACACACACAUUUGUAGCUCACUAGAAUCCUACUUUGUUGGAUACUCUCUGCAAAAAUACAACUUCUAAAUUUCAACCUAAAAA